ACCUUGUCAGAGCGAGUGUACCCAUCUCUCUCUGUCUCUCUUUUUUGUUCUGCUGACCUGAGCCUGCCAUACAAUUUCAUUCAUUGGGGUAGAGCUCUCUACUUUGGACAAUGACCAAAAUUUGGGCGCUGUUGAUCUUAAUAGUUACUUCAUCAUCAGCUUCUAUCAAAAGAGCAAAACAGCCUGAACUGAGGUUCAACAAUGAGAAGACAUACAAGUACACUUAUACAAUGGAGGUGCUGCUGGACAGAGGGGGCAGAAUUGUUGAAGAGAGCACAGGAUAUAGGAUUAUAUCCAACGUGAACCUUGAUAUCCUAUGGACAAACCCUAGCAAUGAUAAAGACCAUCUUAUUAGGGUUGCGAUAUCCGAUGUCAAAUUUGAAACUGUGGCCAAUCGUUCUGAUGAUGAAAACAUCUUUAAAGAUACAUCUGGUGAGGGGAUCUUGGGCAAGAAUUACCUGUCAACCUUGCAGAGUCCAGUACUUAUCCACUGGAUCAAUGGGAAGGUGGAGUCUUUCUACACCUAUUCGAAUGAGCCUCUGGUGAUUCAGAACAUAAAGAGAGGCCUUGCCAGUCUCUUCCAACUGCAGGUCAAGUCUGGAAGCGUGAGAGAGGUCGAUGUCUCUGGUGAGUGCAAAGUUAACUACAAGGCCCAAGAAAACCACGUGACUAAAGAGAAAUUGCUGAACAGCUGCAAAGUGGCAAAGAAAGGCUUUGUCAACCACAAUAAGGUAUUAGGAGUCAGCACAAAUGCAACAUCAGGUGGCAUUUUUGUGCUGAAAGGGAACUUCAUUCACACCAUACUCUAUGAGGAGCAUCGCCUGAUUUCACUCAAUCUUCAACAAGAACUGGCAGUCAAAAUCAUUUCAAAUCAAAAGUUGGUGUUUCAAGCGACAAAGGCUGGCCCAAAGCAAAUCACUGGAAAAGAAGUUAGCGACAUUGUUAAAUCUGUGAAUCCCAAGUUUGUGGCUGUGUCCCUGGUCUCCGAAAAUGUCAAAGCAGAUUGCCAAAGCUGUCCUUCGCUUAAAGAACAUUGGCAGAGUGUUCAAAAGGAGCUGGAGCCAGAGAAGCUCGUCAGAGCAUCCGCUACUCGGAGCUUCUUGUCCCUGAUUCAGACUUUGAGGAAAGCGAAAAAACAAGAGAUACUGCAAGUCCUGCGAAGUGCAAAAAGCAGCUUACUCCCACAGUUGGUUGACGCUGUGACUUCUGCUCAGACUUCAGCUUCACUGAAGGCUAUGCUGGAGUUCCUGGACUUUGGGAAUGCGAGCACCGUCAUCUUACAGGAACGCUUUCUGUAUGCUUGUGGUUUUGCCUCUCACCCCAAUGAAGAAAUGCUUAAAGCAUUAAUGGGUAAACUGAAUGGAAAAAUUGAGAGCAAUGAUAUCCAGGAAACUGUUGUUAUUAUCAUGGGAGCAUUGAUUAGAAAACUCUGCCAGAAGAAACUCUGUGAACUACCGACAGUAAUUGAGGCAAAGAAACUGAUUCUCGAAGGUCUGGAAAACACAGAGAAGGAGUCUGAGAUUAUGAUGUACAUCCUUUCCUUGAAAAAUGCCCUGCUCCCCGAAGCAAUCCCACUGUUACUGAAGCAGGCAGAGUCUGGCUCCGGACCCAUCAGCAACAUUGCAGUCAACACCAUUCAGAAAUACGAUAGCCAGCACAUUACAGAAAAGGUGAAAAAGGUGAUGAACAGAAUCUACCACCAGAACCUCCGAGUGUACGAGAAGACUGUGCGAACGUCUGCCGCCAAUGUCAUCUUUAACAACAAGCCCUCCUACAUGGAAGUGAAGAACAUUCUGCUCUCUCUCGGGGAGCUGCCUCCUGAGAUGAAUAAGUACCUCCUCUCCAAAGUACAGGAUAUCUUGCGGUUUGAGCUUCCUGCCAGUGAAAUAAUGCGGCAGGUGCUGAAGGAAUCUGUCACCCACAACUAUGACCGUUUCGCCAAGAUCGGAUCCUCGUCUGCCUACUCUGGACACAUGAAACGGGGCAUCGACUCAGCAUCAACUUACAGCCUGGACAUCUUGUAUUCAGGCUCUGGCAUCCUGAGAAAGAGCAACAUGGAUAUAUUUAUAUUGAGCCAGGAAAAGCAGAUGCAUGCAACUCAGGUUGUUAUUGAGGCACAGGGCCUGGAGUCUUUAAUAGCUGCGACACCUGAUGAGGGUGAAGAGGAGCUGGAGUCCUUGGCUCGGAUGUCUGCUGUGCUGUUUGACGUGCAGCUCAGGCCAGUCACCUUCUUCCAUGGUUACAGUGAUUUGAUGGCGAAGAUGUUCACAGCAACCGGAGAACCAAUAAACGUUGUCAAAGGCCUUAUUCUUCUGGUGGAUCAUUCGCAGGUUUUACGUUUAGCAUCUGGCCUACUAGCAGAUGUGGAAUUUCAAGGAGGUUUAGCCAUUGACAUCUCAGGUGGAAUGGAUUUCAGCCUGUGGUACAGAGAGUCCAAAACCACUGUGGCAAACAGAGGUGCGAUGGUUGUAGUUGGUAACGUUAUGGUGGAUUCACUGUCUGUGAAGACGGGAAUAGAGACCAGUGUGGAAACAGAGGCCCAGCUUGAUUUCGUCUCAACUGUGAAAUUUUCAGAAUAUCCAUUUUUAGUCUGCAUGCAGAUGACCAAGGAUCAGUUUCCAUACAGACAAUUUGUGACCAAAUAUGAAAGGCUAUCAUCAGGGAAAGCAUAUGUCUCUCGGAAAGGAAAGAAAAUCCUGAUUCCUGGAUCAGAAUUCCCUCUUCAUCAAGAAAACUCUAACAUGUGUAAAAGAGUGUUUGCAGGACAGUCAGAAACGGAAACAUAUGACUGGUUCUGAGAUCAAGGCUUUCACUGAUGACGGAUACUGCAGGAAAACAAGAGUUAAAAAAAAAAGUUGUAAAAAUGAUCGAACAAUCAAGAAAACUCACAAGCUUCUUGCUAAUUAAAGGGGACGUGUAUUUGAAUUG